UACAUUUAUGUAAAGAAUAUAUUAGUUGGGUUUAUAUGGAGAAUUAUUAUUGUUAAGAAUUUUAAUGGGAAAAAAGAUGUUUUGGAUUAUUAUAAUUUACUUUCCUUAAAAAAUCUGUGGGAAAACGAAAAGCAAAAUGGGCGGGAAAAUUACUAAUAAUAUCGUGACAAGUGUUAUUUUAGAUUUGCUUUUAGUAUAGGUUAAUUGAUUGAUUGAUUGAUGAUUGAUUGAUUGUUUGUUGAUGAUUGAUGAUAUUGACUACUACUAAUUUAAAACCUUGGCUGGGGAAGUGAGGUGAUAAACCAAAAUAAUCGGUUACAACCGCCAAAAGUUCAAAUAUAAAGCGCCGUGUUAUACCUCCUUCAACUGUUUCAAAACCAUAAACCCUUAUUUAAGUGUUACCAAACCAGAAACUCCUCAUUUCCCUUGAAUUUAUCUAUCUAGUCAUCUAAAACCCAGACACCCUUGUUUCAAUUCUCAAUCAAUCAAUCAAUCAAUCACUUCAUCUAAAACCUAAUUUAUCUACAAUGCCAAGACGCAUCUAUACUUAUGACUCCUACACAGACGACAUGGAAGACGACGAUGACGACGUUCACGAGGCUGAUUUCUUCGUGACAGAGGACGAAGACGAAGACGAGGACGAGGAUGAGGAUGAGGAUGAUGGCGAAGCGGCAGCGGUGGAGGAGGAGGAAGUGGGAAUGAUUACUUGGCCGCCUCUUUCUGAAGCUUCGGCAGUGGGGUCUACGGUUUCAAGAAUUGAGGAGAGGGAGAAGGAGAUGGUGAGAUUGGUUCCGGAUUCGGAAGGUACGACGUCUACGAGUGGAGGAUGUGGUGAAGGAGAGGAUAGUCAGAAAUUGGAGUGGAAUAGAGAGGAUGUUGAGGGUUUGUUUUGUCCUAUUUGUAUGGAGCCUUGGACUGCUACCGGCGAACAUCAACCUAGUUGUCUUACUUGUGGCCAUUUAUUCGGAAUGUCUUGCAUCAAAAAGUGGCUUGGACAACGGAAAAACUCUGGAAAGUGUCCACAAUGCAACAAGAAGUGUACAUUGAAGGAUGUUCGGAGGAUUUAUGGAUCACGGGUUGUUGUAGUUGACGAAGAAUCACAAAAGUGUAUACGAUAUCUUGAGGCUAAAUGCGAUUCUCUUAAGAAAAAGGACGAAGAAUGGCGUAAAAAGGAAGCUGAGUGGCAUAGGAAAGUGUUAGUAUUGCAGAAGAAAGAUGUAGAGAUUAGUCAGAAAUUACAGGAACUUCAGGAGAGGGAGGAUAUUCUUCAACGUACAGUGGCUGAGUUAGGAAAUAAAUCAUUGGUUUUGGAUGCUGCUACUGAUGGGUUUCAACUGCAAUCAUCUACAGGUGUCAACGUUGGAUUAACUCAAAGUCAAGUAUCUUCUUAUACAUUUAAAUUACAGCAAGAGUGGCCAGUAGAUGGAGCACGACACUUUGAUGUGGAUGAUACUGGUCAGAUUUUGAUUAUUGCACGAAGACCGAAUAGGAUUGGUGAUCCCCAUAUUCUCACUAAAAUGAGUUUAGUUUCUCCUCGUGAGCAAGAUAACAUUCUACUUCCUUCAUCGGUCAACGCAGUCAGAGACUUGCGUGUAUCUUCAUUUGCUAGACUUGCACUAUUGGCUUCAAAGAAACUGUCUGUUUUAAGCAUGGAAAGCAACAAUGUUGUCCUCAACUAUGAUUUACCGGCUGCUGCUUGGUCUUGCUCAUGGGAUAGUAACAGUUCACAUUAUGUUUAUGCUGGAUUACAGAAUGGCAUGCUUUUAGUGUUCGAUUUGAGACAAACUGGAAAGCCUAUGGAAUCUAGGAAUGGGCUUACCUGCAAGCCCAUUCAUUCCAUAUGCUCUCUAUUAGAGGAUGCUCCAGAUUACUUAGGAGCUAAGAAACUCCUUACUGGUUCUUCGAUUGGCUUGUGUGAGUGGAGUAUUGGUGGUGAAUAUAAAGAGCCGUCCUUAGUUGCAGAAACAGCAAAUCAAGGAGUUUGUAUAUCAGUUGCUCACUGCCCCAGCAGUGAUAAUAUUGUGGCAACAUUUCGACCAAAAGUGGAGAUGCCUGAUAAUUAUAGCAUUUCUCAAGUCACACAAGGUCCUUCACCUACCUUGGGGCACCAUCUGCAUGGUUCUCAUGUCUUUUUGCAGAGGGUAAAUUCUAGAUAUCAAAGGUUUGGAACAACACUUGCGUAUGUACCCAGCAUUCGACUUCCAAAAUCUACCAUUAUAGGAUUGGGAGAUGGCACCCCUGUGUUCGCAUGUGGCAAUGAAGCAACGUCAAAUUUGGUCUUGCAAGAAUUGCCCUCAUUAAAAAUUGUUCAGUCUCUCCAAUCCCACGAUCCUAUCCGUGAUGUGAAGUACACCACCUGCACAAAACCAAAUCUACUUUGCUUGAGUCAAGACAGGAUACAGUUCUUCUCUAGAUAACUAUCUUGAGAAAGGCAUUUAUUCAGAGAUUCAAGUGGUAUUUUGAAGCAAAUUUUUUGAAGAGCAGAGGAUAGUUAGGCCGGGCUUCUUAGAGCUUUAGCUUAUUUAUGUAGGGUUAGGUUAUCAUAAUGUAAAUUAUUGCAUGUACCAAAGCACCGCUGUUUUAGCAGGUAUGCAUAGGCCUGAUUAUCGGGCAAAUUAGGAAAUUUUGCGUAAAUAGGUUGUAGAUUAUAUAUGAGAAGUUUAUUACUUCGUAUUAUAAACUGAUCAGGCAGGUGACAACAAUGAUCGACAAGUUUAGAUAUCAUACUAUCUGGUUGUAGCACUGCGCUUCAAGUCUUGGGUAUAAGCUGCCACAAGGACAUUCAUAAGCUACACAACUACGAAGCACUGACUCAUAAGUUGAUAAAGUAAUGGCGGACUUAGGUGGGUUCAAAAUAUAGUGCAACAUAAGGGGGCAUUUGCCAUUUUGGUGUAACAAAGGGUAAGGGAAAGAGUUUAAGAAAGAGUUAUAUUACUUAUGUAUCACAAGAUACUGAACUUUAAAUUGUAUCAGGUUUUGGUCCGAUAUUUGCGAGUUUGACCCUUUGAGAGCGAAGGGGAAGGGUAAGGGAUUCUCACCCUCAAAGUGUCUCUAGUGGCGAUUGAACCUUGAACCUCAAAGUGACAAUCUUAUCACUAGACUAAGCUUAGUUUGGUGGUAGAUUACUUUCAGUAGAGUACUAAACUUUGUUAAAGAGGAAAAUUAAAAUUUUGACUUAUUUAAUGGCAAAACUUGUGAGCUGUUAAAUGU